GUAGGGGAUGGGGGGAGUCACACUCUGAUUCUCCCCCCAGGACUGGAACUCGUUCCUGGAGUCCCUGAGCCGCCUGAGCUUCUGCACUGACAACGGGACGUGGGGGGAGCCAACAACUCCGGCCCCCACCCCCAGGGCUGCCCCCCUUUCACCCAGGCCCCCCCCGGCCCUAUCAGUCUUGGUGGGCCUAACCUUCAACCUCCCUGGGGGAGGGCAACCCAACACCUCCCGCCUGGCUCUGACGGUCACCGGCCACCAGCUGGGACUUGGGGGUCCGGUGCCCCAGCAGCCGAUCCGCAUGGUGGUCGUCACCCCAUGGCCCCCCGGCCACAGCCCCCAGGGCAGCUGCCUGAGCCUGGCAGGCCCCCCCUCUCUGCUGCCUCAGACCAGGGCGCCGCCCCGCUGCAUUAUGGGGGAUCUGGAUGCCCAGCCCCAGGAGGAGCCGGGGUCCUGCUACCAACCUCGCUACCAGCCCGACCUCACUCUGGCCACCAUGCUGAGUUUGGAGGAUCGCCACCUGUGCAGCCAGCGCCUCCUGCUGGCUGGCCUGACCGUGCUGUGCCUCUGCGCCCUGCUGCUGUGCAUGGCCAGCCUGUGCCUGCCGCCCCCCUACGACACCAGGGGGAGGCUCUAGGGGCUGGGAGCAGGCUGGGACCCACGUACCCUGGCCGGGGCGUUCCCAGGGUGGCAGGCGCGGGGGGCCUGUCUGGGACCAAUAAAUGGGUUACGCUGGG